GCGACUGGUGAGAUGUGACAAGGAAUAUCAACACCGAUAUGAAAAUAUAAAACAUUUACAAACAAAAUGUCGUUCUUUGGCAAAAAAUUCAGGAGGAUAGGCUGUGAGAACAUGGAAGCGUUAGUGAAACAAACGAAUCCAAUAAGUCCUCAACUGGCCUACAUACUAAACGCCCCUGCUCCAGUAUUUUCGUACACACAGCACAGUCCUGACCAGUACAUCUUCAGACUCGAAUUGGACAGCAAGGUCAUGUCGCACUUCUUCAGGCUAGGAGAGGAGCUUGAGCUGGAGAAAAAGGAUGGGAGCAAGGUCAAAGUUACAUACACACUAGGAGCACACAAUGUCCUGCAUAAAGUCGUUCAAACCCAGGACGGCAAGAAGAUGGCACAUUUUAGACAGGAAUUCGGGGAAAAUGAAGCUAUUAUGUACAUAAAGCUGGAUGGAUCUGACGUCGAAGGAAGAGUAUAUUACGAGGCCGUCACUUAGUCAGUAAAAAUCUAGUAGAUAUUUAAUCAUAGUUAUUCUAUCUACGUUUUUUCAUGUACAAAAAAGACCGCAAUAUUGUACGCGAGAAAUUUAAAAACUGUACAGCAAUGUAUGUACAGACGACAGCAUAUUAUCAAUGUAAACAUCUUAUUUAUGUAGUAAUAAGUGCUACGUUCCAACAAAAUGCUUACUGUUUAGUUUAAUAUGCUGUGGACUGUACAAACGACAGCACACACGGGACUAUUCCCACCGCUGCCUUCUAUGCCAGGAUCUACAGCUUGAUCGCCAAUAAAAACCCAACCAGUCAAGGUCAAGUUUGUCCCGGGGGAAUGUUAAACUGUCAUUGGACCUGCAACGAAAUUAAUCAGAAGAACAUAGGAGGAGUUCGAAGUUAAGGUUCGACUUCCCUCCUCCGGAUGACAAGUGACAAUCAAAGGCUUAGCACGAUACGACGGCACAUCCAAACAUAGUGCCAUCAUGCUAAGAGGUGCGGUCAUCAUUGUCAUUUCAGCCAAAUAACGUCCAGCUAGUAGACAGUGGGUGCGUUAUUGCUACAAAUUUUCUAUUGUAUUGAAUUUCUGUAAAAAUAGGCUUAAGCUUGGAAAUACAUAAAUAAAAUUGUAGUCUCUGAUGUGCUGUCGACUUCGCCUUAAUACAAUAAAUAAAAAUUUCAGUAUUUUUAUGUAUUGUUAAGUAAUAGUUGUUAUUAAGUAGAUAAUAUACAGAAAUAACUCAUAGACUAAAUUGUAGAUUUUAUUCUUUUUCGGGCUCAGUAUAGGGCCCUGAAAAAGAAUAGAGUCCGACACUAACGCCCGAUUCGACCAAACUUUUAUCCGAGAAUAACUCCGGGUAUAACUGACACAUUGACAGUUUCAGUAUGGGAAAUGUAUCAAAAUGUCGAAUAAAAUUGACGAUUUAUUCUGAGAUUAAUAUUUACUAUUGUUUGGUCGAAACCACCCUAAGCUAGAUUACAUAAACUCAGAACAGUAUAGUUUUAUCGGCGUACCUAAGUCAUUAUAAUUUAUUAUUGUAAAAUAAAGUAUUACUAAUUUAAGUUA